AACCCACUGAGCGAGGCUAGGGAUCGAACGUGAAACCUCACGGUUCCUAGUUGGAUUAGCUUCCUCUGUGCCAAGAUGGGAACUCCACUCCAUCUUUUUUCUACCAACUCAUGUCUUGUCCUUGUCUUCGUCAGGUACUCAUAGUGAAUAAUGAUAGUAGUAUAGUAGUAGUAGCAGUGAUGGUAGCGGUUAAUAUUUAUUGGGCAUUUAUUAUGUACCAGGCACCAUAGUUUACUUUACCCCAUUUGAUUCUACCAUCAGUCCUCUAAGGUAGCAUUUUAGUAUCACCACACUUUACAAAAGAGAAAAGGGUUAGGUAAGGUGUCUGUAGGAUCAGGCCACUCAAGAUGGCUGUUUUCUUGCUCUGUCUCCAUCCCUUGCUCUAGGAGGGCCUGCUUCACUUCACCCUACUCACAAGGCUGACCUUACCACAUACUGGCCCCAGACCCCAGUUAGUGAUUGUUCUUAAAACAAAGGGGCUGUGAGGGACGUGCCCCUUCUUGGUUUCUCUGGUAACUAACGAGCCAAUCUGAGGUAACUUCCCCUAUAACUGGCAAGCUCCUCCUCCCCUCGGGAGGAAAACCUGCGGCCUUGUCUUGCCCGACACCCACCACGCCUGGUGGGGGUGUCUCUCCAGGGCCUUGCAUCAGGCAUGUAAGAUCGCCGGUCCAUAAGCCACUGAUGUCUCUGUUGCUGACUCCACCUCUGUUCUUCUGUCUUAAAGCUGGGCAGGUGCAGGUCUUAAAGGCCUUCGGGAUGCAGCGCAACAGUGUCAAGGGUUAUGUAAUUGUCUGUGGUGAUACCAAGACUUAGUGUGACUUUGAACGCUCUUUGCUGCCUUUCCUAAGACAACCUAUGAGCAGUGCUGUACAAUAGAAAUGUAAUGUGAGCUACAAAUGCAAGAAGCCAUGUUUGCAAUUCAGAAUUUUUUAUUAGCCGUGAUAAAAGAAAAACAGAUCAAAGAGUAUCACCUGUUCUCCAAGAUGAGUAACAGCCACCCUCUACGCCCCUUUACUGCAGUGGGGGAGAUUGAUCAUGUGCACAUUUUGUCUGAACAUAUUGGUGCCUUGUUGAUCGGGGAAGAAUAUGGUGACGUCACGUUUGUUGUGGAAAAGAAACGUUUUCCUGCCCACAGGGUGAUUUUAGCAGCGAGGUGCCAAUAUUUUCGAGCAUUGCUCUAUGGUGGAAUGCGGGAAUCUCAGCCUGAAGCCGAAAUCCCCCUCCAAGACACCACAGCAGAAGCCUUCACAAUGCUCCUUAAAUACAUCUACACCGGGCGGGCGACGCUGACGGAUGAGAAGGAGGAGGUGCUGCUGGACUUUCUGAGCCUGGCUCAUAAAUAUGGAUUUCCAGAGCUGGAGGAUUCUACCUCUGAGUAUCUCUGCACCAUACUUAACAUUCAGAAUGUCUGUAUGACGUUUGAUGUUGCCAGUCUCUACUCACUUCCCAAGUUGACUUGCAUGUGCUGCAUGUUUAUGGACAGAAAUGCUCAGGAGGUGCUCUCAAGCGAAGGCUUCCUUUCCCUUUCUAAGACAGCACUUUUAAGCAUCGUAUUAAGAGAUUCAUUUGCAGCUCCCGAGAAAGAUAUUUUCCUAGCUUUGCUAAACUGGUGUAAGCACAAUUCAAAGGAGAACCAUGCUGAAAUCAUGCAGGCUGUGCGCUUACCUCUGAUGAGCCUUACGGAACUUCUGAACGUCGUGAGACCCUCGGGACUGUUGUCUCCUGACGCCAUUCUGGAUGCUAUUAAAGUCCGAUCAGAGAGCCGGGAUAUGGACCUCAAUUACAGAGGCAUGCUCAUACCAGAAGAAAACAUUGCAACUAUGAAGUAUGGAGCCCAGGUGGUAAAAGGGGAGCUGAAGUCUGCCUUAUUAGAUGGUGACACUCAAAAUUAUGAUCUGGAUCAUGGAUUUUCUCGGCACCCAAUUGAUGAUGACUGCCGUUCUGGCAUCGAGAUUAAGCUAGGUCAGCCGUCCAUUAUCAAUCAUAUCCGCAUCCUGCUGUGGGACCGAGAUAGCCGGUCUUACUCAUACUUCAUUGAGGUGUCAAUGGAUGAACUCGAUUGGAUCAGAGUGAUCGAUCAUUCGCAAUAUCUGUGUCGUUCUUGGCAAAAGUUAUAUUUUCCAGCCCGUGUCUGCAGGUAUAUUCGAAUAGUUGGGACUCACAACACAGUGAACAAGAUUUUCCACAUUGUGGCUUUUGAAUGUAUGUUUACAAACAAAACCUUCACUCUGGAGAAAGGGCUGAUAGUUCCCAUGGAGAAUGUUGCGACAAUUGCUGAUUGUGCCAGUGUGAUUGAAGGGGUCAGUCGGAGCCGAAAUGCCUUGCUGAACGGGGACACCAAGAACUACGAUUGGGAUUCUGGCUACACGUGUCAUCAGCUAGGAAGUGGUGCAAUUGUGGUUCAGCUGGCACAGCCAUACAUGAUCGGAUCAAUACGGUUGUUGCUGUGGGACUGUGAUGAUCGGAGCUAUAGCUACUACGUUGAGGUUUCCACCAACCAGCAGCAGUGGACCAUGGUAGCCGACAGGACAAAAGUCUCCUGCAAGUCCUGGCAAUCGGUGACUUUUGAAAGACAGCCCGCCUCCUUCAUCCGAAUCGUUGGAACACACAACACAGCAAAUGAGGUUUUCCACUGUGUCCACUUUGAGUGUCCCGAGCAGCAGAGCAGCCAGAAGGAGGAGAACAGCGAGGAGCUGGGGACCGGGGACACCAGUCCGGCCAGUCAUCAGCUCGACCCCCACGCCCUGCAGGCCCCCAGUGGCAAUGCUCUGCCCGCCAGCCCAGGCGCCCCCUCGCGCUCCCCGAACCGGCAGCACCGAUAAAGGAGGCGCACACGUGGAGUGCCUCGGGUGGGCGCAGGUGGCACAGGAACCCCCCCACCCUGAGCAGGGGUCUUUGUGGAAUGUCCUCCCCUCCCCGCCCGCCCCUGUGAGGAGCAGACCUGGCUGCACACAGGGACACAGGACAGCUUUCCUCCCGAGGACACAAAGGGGCUGCUUUGUUCUCAGUUUGUUCGCAUCAGACUGGUCUCCGGGGAAGAGAGUGGGUCUUCAGUCCUCACCGAGUCCACCGUUAGCACCGUCCCGCCCUCGGCUCACCCUGCACGGGGCGCAGGGGAAGCUGCAGCGGGAAUAAGCAGUGGCGAGGGAACCCGGGGACGCGGAGAACACGCUAGGCCUCUAUCACCUGGAGGCGCCUUAGGAAAUGGGUUUCCGUGGAGUGUUUACAUUUCUGGAACACAUCGCCCUGGCAACGAAAUGAUUUUUUAUUUCUUUUAGUUAUUCUCCAUUUGCUGAAUCAUAGGUGUUCCAGAUCUCUUUGAAAGGCUCAAACAGCAAAUCACUUGUUUUAAUCCCUUUUGACGCUGUAAUUUUCCUUCCUUAGUUCUGAGCGAUUGCGCGUGGGGUAGAGCCGAGGGACAUCGUGCACGGCUCCUAAAUGAGGCCCAGAUGCAGCUCAUCACGGCACCUGGUCUGACAAGGAAAAUCCUUUGAGGAAGUUCAACAAAAUACACAAUGAGCAAAUCAAUCUGUGGACACUGGAGUUAAUAAUCACUCGAAUUGCUAAGUUAUUAACCUGUCAUUCCUGAAAUGCAUCCAGCCUUUAAGCUUGGGAGGCUGACAAGGAAAUAGCGAUUAUGCCACCUGCUAAUGUCAUGUUCAGAAGUAAGUGUAGAUAAAUGUUUACUAACUUCCGGUUGGGCUGAACCUGUCCUUGAACUGCCGCAGGUGAGCAGAGCCCCUCGGAGGCAGCGGUCCUGCCCUUCCAGCAGGUCGUCACUGAUCGGUGGUUGCUGUUUUUCCCCCAGACCGUACUAGUCAGCCUGGGAUUGGGGGAAAAAAAAAAUGGCUCUAAGCAGCUUCCCUCUUAAUCCUCAUUGAAACGAUCGCAUCUGACAGUU